ACAAACACAGUACGUAUAAAUUCGUAGUGGAUACCGUUACUGUGUUCGUGUGAUUUGGAAAUAUUUUCUGCCAUUACAGACAAUUGUUCGAAAUUUGUCUCUUUGAUGGCUUCGCCAGCUCCAAAAUCGCCCGAACUAUCUGAAAAGACUCGAAAAUACGAUAGACAACUGAGAUUAUGGUGUGAUCAUGGACAAGCAUGCUUAGAGACUGCUCAUAUCUGCGUUAUAAAUGCCACCGGACUUGGUACAGAGAUAUUGAAAUCGCUAGUACUUCCAGGUAUUGGAGCCUUUACCAUAGUCGAUGGUAAAAAGAUUACUGAUGAGGACAUAGGAGUGAAUUUCUUUCUAGAAGCAGAUAGUAUUGGGAAAUCAAGAGCACAGGUGGCUACUCAGAUGCUUUUGGAAAUGAAUCUUGAUGUAACCGGUGAUUAUAUCGACGAAGAACCUGAACAAAUCUUAUCCAACAGCCCAGAUUUUUUCAAUACUUUUACAGUGGUUGUUGCCACCUCACUGACUGAGAAAACGUUGAUUCUGCUAUCGAGAAGACUUUGGGACCUGAAUAUUCCGCUGAUAGUAUGCAGGAGUAUAGGAUUCAUCGCUUAUAUGCGGGUUCAAGUGAAGGAGCACACAGUUGUAGAAACCCAUCCGGAUAACGAAACGUUGGACUUGCGUCUUGACAAACCGUUUGAUAGCCUAAAAAAGCACCUGGAUUCCAUAAAUCUCGACGACAUGAGCUUCAAAGAUCACUGCCACGUACCGUAUCUAAUCAUUUUGUACAAAUUCCUGGAGGAGUGGAUCCAUAAUUAUGGUGCGUUACCGAAGACUUAUAGUGACAAGCAACAGCUGAAGCGAAUGAUACAGGGUGGCAUGAGGCGUGACGAGCAUGACUUGUCCAAUAGCGAAGAGAAUUUCGAGGAAGCUUUAAAGGCUGUGAAUACGAGCAUCAGGCCGAUCAGUAUUCCCGAUAACGUUAUAAACAUAUUGAACGACGACUGUUGCAUUAAUCUAACAGCAAAGAGCAGCUCCUUCUGGAUUAUCGCAAAGGCGGUGCGUGAUUUUGUUGAUAACGAAGGCGGCGGGUUCUUGCCGCUCAAAGGUGCUCUGCCCGACAUGACUGCUGACACCGAGAAAUAUGUCAUGCUCCAACAAAUUUAUCACAAGCAAGCAUCGGCGGAUGCGGAAGCUGUAUGGAGGCGCACUUUGCAGUUGCUACGUCAAUUAGGAAGGCCCUCGGACUCGAUUCUGGAAAAGGACGUCAAGAUGUUCUGCAGACACGCAACCGAUAUUCACGUGGAGAGAGGAAGCUGCAUUGCGGACGAGUACGAUCCCAAAAUUUUUGAUACUAAUACCAUAGUUCAAAAUUUAGAGAAUCCUGAGAGUAUGAUGAUUUAUUACGUUAUACUCCGUGGAGUAGACAAAUUUCAAGCAGAAUACAACUCGUAUCCCGGUGAAUUCGAUGACCAAGUGGAGCCUGAUAUCGUGAAACUCAAGACAUGCCUCACGAAAUUGUUGAACGAAUGGGGAUGCGGACCGUUAGCCAAAGACGAUUAUGUGCACGAGUUUUGUCGAUUCGGUGGCGCUGAAUUGCAUUCUGUCUCGGCAUUUUUGGGUGGUCUCGUGGCGCAGGAAACUAUCAAAUUUAUCACAAAUCAGUAUAAACCUAUUCACAACACCUUCAUCUACGAUGCCGUUACAUCGAACUCCGGAACGUUCUUCUUCUAAAAUUGUUAAGAAAAAAAUACAUGAAAAGAAUAUAUCUGUGUUCUAAUUAAAAAGUGAUAAUACAAUUUUGUAGUGCGUAUUGAUUCUAUAAAUUUUCUUUGUAUUACGACUAUCGUA